CCCCUUCAAGUCACAUGAUGGAGACCCCAGAGACUAUCUCAAGAGGCGACACAGCCAAGGCGGCUGAAGUCUGUUCAGCACACGGCAUUACGCCGAAAGAGUUCUCAGAGCUCCGUGAGCGUGCAGUUGCAGCCAAGGCCACAGCGUACUGCCCAUACAGCCAGUUCCGCGUCGGAGCAACGGUUCUCUCAAGCGAGGGUGAGCUCACGAGCGGCGCAAAUGUGGAAAACGCGUCGUAUCCUGUGGGAACAUGUGCAGAGCGCGUGGCGCUUGGUACAGCUGUGACAAGCGGUCAUCGUGGGUUCCGAGCCAUCGCUGUCGCAACUGAUAUUGCGCCACCAGCGAGUCCAUGUGGAAUGUGUAGACAGUUUAUUCGCGAGUUUUGCACACUGGAUACACCCAUUAUCAUGUUCGAUAAGAAUGAGGAUUUUGUGAUUGCAAAGCUGCGACAGCUUUUGCCAAUGUCUUUUGGACCUGACCAACUUCCACCUCCGGGAGCACCAGGAACAAGAUAGGGGAAUAUUGAGACUUAUGAGUGUCUUGCAUAUUGUUGGAUAUGAAAGGAAUCAUGAUCCUUGCGAGCGUGCCAGGAACUUAGGAUACUACAUCUUCUCUUAGCCUGCAUCUGUAUGUGUAUCAAUGGUCGAUAGACUGGGCUGCAUUGACGGGCGUUCCUUGAAUCGCAUGUAUGCGGCUGAUAUUGGAUGAUUCAUUUCAGGGCCACAUGAUGGUGAACCAACAGUGUUGCAAAUGAGAACCACGUUGUAGGACAUGUCAUACUGUGUCUGAUCGAGUCGUGAAAGAAAUGAUGUACAUGUGAUCGUCCUGACGGAUGACCUGUCCCUUGUCACUCACAAGUUGCAACCCUCAUACAGAACAUCCCGCUUGUAAGCGAUUGCGUUAUAAACUAAAUCCCACGGAAGCCGAGUUUUGC